UCAGCUGCAGGCCGAAAACAAAAAAGGAAAAGGAAAAGGAAAUUCCCGCCAUGAUUAAGAGGAAAAAUUCUCCAAAGCUUGCGCAUAAGAAUGGAAAAGAGAACCUGGGCACUGUGAUUCACUGCCAUAUCCAGAGGAAAUUGGGUGGUCUUUGGGGUUUAUUCUUGGAGAAAUAAAGGAGGAGGCUAAAAAAGAUCAGCGAAGAAGACGGCGAGAAGCAGCAGAAGCGAAAAAUCAGAACGAAGCAGAUAGGGAAGACAAAGUAAGCAAUUGGAAAUUUCUUAAAGCAAGUGCGCCCAGAAGAGCCUAACCCUUGUGGAUUAAGAAGAGAUGGCUGGGCAAUCUGAUCCUCACCUCUCUCUGUUUUCAGCCGAAGAGCUUGAAUUUGUGGCGGAGGAUGACAUGGUUGAGAUCGUACCCAAUCUCAAAAUGGAUGCUCUCAAUCUGAUAAGUGGAGAUUUUGGUCCGUUUGCUCCACAAAUAGCUACUCAAGUGCCAUUGUGGUUGGCUGUGGCUUUGAAGAAGAGAGGAAAGUGCUCUAUUCGCCCUCCUGAAUGGAUGUCAGUUGAUAAUUUAACUCAAGUUCUGGAGGCUGAGCGAGAAUCUCAGGAAAUGUCUGAAAAAUUACCAUUUCAUUAUGUAGAAAUCUCAAGACUUCUCUUUGAUCAUGCACGUGAUGACAUUCCUGAUGUAUAUAUGGUGAGGUCUCUAAUUGAGGACAUACGAGAUGUAAGAUUUCAUAAAGUAAGGACUGACUUAGAGGCAUUCAAUGGCCGUACAAUUGCCGUCAAGAUUAAGAAUUUGUCGGCAAUGGAGGUGAAUAUUGUUCGCCCAUUUAUUAGAAGAGCUUUGCAGGCAUUUUGUAAGCAUGAUAGUCCAGAGUUGAUACCAGACCCAGAGAGAGUGGCUGACAGACGUCCACAAUUAGUCAACAAUGCUCCAAGAAGGCAAUUGCGACGAUGAUAAUCUACAUCUCAUCAAAGAUCAUCACUUAUGACACAUGGCUGGCUUUUGAGGUGCAUGCAUCUACAGGUGUACUUUACAGUGACCUUUGCAACUGUGUUCAUUGUGAACUGUUAUCCUGAGCUGACUUUUCAUAGAAUAUUGCUCUGAUCUCUACAAUUCCUCGUUAUCACUUGUUGAGAAUCAAAACAUACUGUCUCGACAAUUAACACCAAUGCUCCUACUGUUAUGUGGUAACAUUUAAAGGGUCAAUCUUCAUCAAGAACAAACCGGUUUGUCCCAUCA